AUGUCUACCGACUACUCGAAAGAGCUCAACGUUGCCCUCCUCGCUGUCCAACGCGCUGCUAUCCUCACCAAGCAGGUCUUCCACAGCCAUGCCAAGGGCACUCUCAACAAGUCAGAUGCUUCGCCUGUCACCAUUGGCGACUUUGGUGCCCAAGCACUGAUCAUCGCUGCCAUCAAGGCCAACUUCCCCGACGACGAGGUUGUUGGUGAAGAGGAGGCCAAGGACUUGCGCGAGAAUGCCGACCUCAAGAAGACUGUAUGGGAUCUGGUUCAGGCAGCCAAGCUUGACGACGAUGCUGCCGAGAAGACCCUCGGAGGCCCCAUUGAGAGCGACGACCGCAUGCUCGACGUUCUUGACAUGGGUGCUAGCCAGGGUGGAAACAAGGGCCGUAUCUGGGCUCUUGAUCCUAUCGACGGUACCAAGGGUUUCCUCCGUGGUGGCCAGUAUGCAGUCUGCCUCGCCCUCAUGGUCGAUGGCGACGUCAAGGUUGGUGUCCUUGGAUGCCCUAACCUUCCCAUCGACGACAGCGCUCCUUUGACCGAAGACCUUGGUGCCAAUGCCACUGAUGCUGAGGGCAAGGGUGUCCUCAUGUCUGCUAUCCUCGGCAAGGGCGCCGACAGCCGUCCUCUGACCCGUGGUGCUCUCAAGUCCGCCACUCCUAUUUCCAUGAAGACCGUUGACCAGCUUAGCAACGCUACCUUCUGCGAGUCUGUUGAAGCUGCCCACAGCGCUCAUGGUGACCAAGCUCAGAUUGCCUCCAAGCUCGGCAUCACCAAGCCCUCUGUCCGCAUGGACUCGCAAGCAAAGUACGCCAGCAUUGCUCGUGGCGCUGGUGACAUCUACCUCCGUCUCCCCGUCAAGAAGGACUACCAAGAGAAGAUCUGGGACCACGCUGCUGGUGACCUGAUUGUGCGCGAGGCUGGUGGUGAGGUCACCGAUGCUCAAGGCAAGCGUCUUGAUUUCUCAGUUGGCAGAACAUUGAAGAACAACAAGGGUGUUGUUGCUGCACCCAAGGCUAUUCACGCCAAGGUCCUUGAGGCUGUCACCAGUGUGCUCUCGGCCAAGCAAUAG